AUGCUUCGCUUCACCUCUGCUCGUCUCCUCCUCCGGCCGACGGCGUGCCGGCGUCUCUACCAUGCCUGCAGCGCCGGUGCGGCGGCGUGCGGUGUCGUCGGUGAGAGGGUGACGGUGCUGACCAUCGAUGGCGGCGGCAUCCGCGGCAUCAUCCCGGGCACGGUGCUCCAGUUCCUGGAGAGCGAGCUGCAGAAGCUGGACGGGCCGGACGCGAGGCUGGCCGACUACUUCGACUACGUCGCCGGGACGAGCACCGGCGGGCUGAUCACGGCUAUGCUGACCACGCCCAAGGGGGAUGGACGCCGGCCGAAGUUCGCCGCCGGCCAGAUUUGUCCGUUUUACCGCGAGCACGGCCCGCGCAUCUUCCCCCAGAGGUGGAGCAAGGUCGCGUCGACGAUCGCCGCCGUGUGGGGGCCCAAGUACGACGGCGGGUACCUCCGCGGCCUGGUCAGGAGCGAGCUCGGCGAGGCGAAGGUCGGCGACACGCUCACCAACGUCGUCAUCCCCACCUUCGACGUCCGCCUGCUCCAGCCCGUCAUCUUCUCCACAUACGACGCCAAACACUCGCCGCUCAAGAACGCGCUGCUCUCCGACGUGUGCAUCGGCACGUCGGCGGCGCCGACGUACCUCCCGGCGCACUGCUUCACGACGGACGACGGCGCCGGUAAAACGCGCGUGUACAACCUCAUCGACGGCGGCGUCGCCGCUAACAAUCCUACGAUGGUGACCAUGACGAUGAUCAUGGAGGAGAUCAUCGCGAACGGAAAAGCGGCGUCGUACCUGGAGAAGACGGAGUGCGGCCGGUUCGUGGUGCUGUCCAUCGGCACCGGGCUGACCUCGUCGGAGGAGCACCGGUACACGGCGGAGGACUGCUCCCAGUGGGGCGCGCUCCGGUGGCUGCGACACAGGGGCAUGGCGCCGAUCAUCGACAUCUUCAUGGCGGGAAGCUCCGACAUGGUGGACAUCCACGUCGGCGUCAAGUUCCAGCUGCUCCACAGCGAACGGAACUACCUCCGCAUCCAGGAGCACCUGCAGGACGACGCGCUCAGGGGCACGGCGGCGGCGGCGCUGGACGCGGCGACGCCGGAGAACAUGGACCGCCUCGUCGACGUCGGCAAGCGCAUGCUGGAGCAGGAGGUGACGAGGGUCGACGUGGAGACCGGGAAGUACGAGAAGGUGCCCGACGAGGGGAGCAACCGCGACGCGCUCAUCAGGAUGGCGAGGACGCUCUCCGAGGAGAGGGCGGCGAGGCUCCGGCGGCGGGCGACGAAUCCAGUGACAGCGGCCGGUGCCACUGGCACUGGGUUCUAG